AAUAUGGCUGCGCCCAGCCCUCCAGGGCAGAAGGGAGCUGGUGGAGAAGCUCUGAGCCCGGUCCAGGGGGGCACCUAGAGGGCUGCCAAGGAUACAGGGGAGACGAGCAUCAGCAUGGCCAACGGGGAGCUGGACGAGGAGAGCCUGAACGACCUGUACAGCUGGGUCGAUGCCAUCCCACUUUCGCGCCCCAAGAGGAACAUCGCCCGGGACUUCAGCGAUGGAGUUUUGGUGGCUGAAGUGGUGAAGUUUUACUUUCCAAAAAUAGUGGAAAUGCACAACUACGCGCCAGCUAAUUCUACGCAGCAGAAGCUCUCCAACUGGGGACACCUGAACAGGAAAGUUCUGAGCAAGCUUAACUUCUCCAUCCCAGAAGACAUGGUCCGGAAGAUUGCCCAGUGCACCCCUGGGAUGGUAGAGCUGGUGCUGAUUCCCCUGAGACAGAAAAUCGAGGAGAAACAAAAGCAGGCCAAGAUGUCCAACUCCUAUCAGGGCCAUCCUCCAACCGCUGUGGGCUCCUGCAGUCUUUGCUCCUUUCCGUCUCCAUUGCCCCAGGAGCUGGGAAUGCGCUCGACCCUGGAGGAGAACAACUAUCUGGAUACAGGCUUCACUUCAAAGCCCAAACCCAACAGCACCCAGGACUCUCCUGCGUUGGAAAGGGGGCCCAAAGGACACCAGAGCUACACAGUGCCUCUGCAAACGGACGCCAAUCUCCGACUCCACUUAGCAGAGAGGGAACAAGCCCUUCUGGCCUCGCAGGAGAUGGUUCAGAUCCUUCAGAUGAAGGUCCGCCGCUUGGAGCAUCUCUUGCACCUGAAGAACGUCCGGAUUGAUGACCUCACCCGCCGCCUGCAGCAAGCGGAGCAGAGGCGGAAGUGAAGGCGCCGUCUCGGGUUCCCCUCUCUGAUGCCCAUCAGAUGAUUUUUCAGAUGGCCAGGCCUUUUCUCUCUCUCUCUCUCUCUCUCUCUCUCUCUCUCUCUCUCUCUCUCUCUCUUUCUCUCUUUUCUGCCACCUCUUCCUUUGCGAACAGCUGCUUUCAGGCUCCAGGCAGGCUGAGACGUCAAAGGCUGGCAGAGGUCCCAAGUCGAAGGAAGGAGCCCACGCCUGUGGCUGGCGCGGGCAGAUGGCCUCGCCGAUGCCCAGAGGCCAGGGAUGGGGUGAAUGGAUGGGCUGAAAAGCAGGAGUCAGCCAAGAAGAGGUGCCAGGCCAGGAGGACGUGCCCUCAAUUCUCCCCAACCCUCUUGCUGGUCCGGGGAUGAGAGCUCCCUCUUGGGCUCUCCAAAACCAGAACCUGCCUGAGAGCUCUCCACUCAGCAACAGUCUAGGAAAUGGGCUUUUGGCUUCACUGUUGCCCUGGAAGCCCUGCUUGCCGCCUCCUCACCUGGUGACUAGGUCCAGGCACGCCUCCUCCCAGGUGAGGCCAGCUUCUGUGCCUUUCCCACUCUCUCCCAAGUGCUUGUGCUUGCAGGGGGCUCUGGAACAUCUCAGAGGCCCUGAGGGCUGUGGAUGGAGCAACAGGGCGUUCUGCCAGGAGCCUUGAGCUCUGCGACUUUCUGUCGAGGAGAAACUAGUUUCGGGUGCAUGUAACAUCCCUCAGGGGGAUCCUGCUGGCACAUUCCCCCUGGGAAAUGUAGUUCUGAGAAGAGCCUCAGGCCUUCAUGGGUGACGCGGCGAUCAGGAUCCAAUGUCCUUCUGUGGGCCUUCUCUCUCUCCAGCAAUGUUUUCAGCUUUGGGGGGCAGGGAGGGGGCGAUAGUUUUGGCUGCUUCUUUUGCCUCUUCAUCUCCCUGCUCCCAGUGCUGCAGAUGUGCAGGUGGAACGGUUUGCCACAGGCCCCGCUUUUUCUGCAGUGAGGAGCAGGCAUCUCGUGCAUUAAAUAGGGAGUGGGUUACCCCUUGAACCGUGUUGGUGCCCGUGAAAGCUUUUGCACAACUGCAUGUGCCUCUGUGGCAAAGGGCAUGCAAAUCCCAGCUAUGAAAGCAAACGCUUGGGGUUGCAAACCCCAGCAGGCAAAGGGGGCUCUUGCACAAAAGUGGAAUCUGGAGAUGCAGCAACGACAAAGAGGCGUCGUGACUUCCUCUUGAUAUGUUAGUUGCAGGCCUGUGUUUUGAACAUAGGUUCCCCAAUUUUAUUUUAUUUUUAAAUCCCGUUCUCUGUUUUAGCCAAAAUGAAAGAAGGCAGCUUCUACUGCCCUAAGCCAGACUUUGCCAACCUGGUGCCCCCAAGAUGUUUUGGAUGACAGCUCGUGGGUCAGUCAUUGAUCAGAAACCGUAAACCGAUGGCUAUAUUAUUUGAAGAUUGGUGGGCAAAGGAGACCGUCCUUGGCAAUAGGAGAAAAGUCAUUUGCCUUACCUCUAACCCCGCAAAUCUAGACUUAUCAGGUGGGAGGUUUUGUGACAGUUCGGGAACACCACCCGGGAUGUCCUUUUACCUUGCAACCCAUUUUUUUCUCUUGGGUUGUUGAGAGGGCUGCUUUCUGAGUUCUAUUAUUUGGCCUUUGCUGGAUGCAAUUCAGUCUGACCUUGCAGACCUCCAACCUUCUCUUAUUGAACUCAGGAUCUGCCCAUCAUACAGGGGGGGGGGGUGCAUAAUUUUUUUGCAGCAAGCUUCAUUUAUGGCGCCAGACUGCACUGCUGUCGCAAGGGAGGGUUGAAUUCAGGGGUCGCCAACGUGGUGCUGUUUGAUCCCAGCUCCCAUCAGCUGCAACCAACAUGGACCAGUGAUCAGGAAUAAUGGGAGCAGUAGUCCCAAAACGUUUGAAGGGGCACCACAUGGUCUAAACCAUGGGGCCUCCUCCUAAUGCCCCAGGAAGCUGGAGGAGAUGUCCCACUUCCUAUUGUCCUUGGGCAUCUAGGGAGCAAUUCACAUCAUAGCUUCUUUUUUUUUUCUUGGUGAAAAUGGCGCCUGUGGAUUUCCCCCACCAGGCCUUUGUGACUUUUGCAGCCUGGAACACAGAACUUGAAGGGACAAGCCAACCAGCUUCAAAACAUGCCAUUCCACCAUGCCUGCUGCCCCGGGCUCUCAGAGGCUAACACCACAUUUCCUUAUGCCACACGGACAAAGGAACGUGGCACAAGGGACGGAGGAAGGCUGGCACCAUGCCACGCCCUGACUACGAUGAAGGCACACUUGGGGAUUUUCUCAGGAGAUGCUGCCUAGAGCAGAUACAAGACGGGCAUCCUUGGCACAGCUCUGAUGCAAAAACGGUGGCGUGGAUGAGCAGACCCUCCUGCCGAUGGAGCAGGCCUUCUGAUCAGUUGCUUUUAAUCAAUCGCUUUUUGAUUAUGGUGAAGCUAAUGUUGCAUCUGGGUAACGUUGGGUCAUCACGGGCAGGGGUUUCUGUACAAUCGUGUUGUUUCUUUGUACUGUAUAGGGGCUUGUCUGAUGAUCUUUCAGCAAUAAAACGGUUUAUCCUUCUC